UUUCUUCUCCUUCUUCUUCUUCUCAUCCAGCUCCUUCACCGUCGAUCUCCACUUAUAGAAACCCCCGAACAACGCCUCGGUUUCCUCCAGCGACCGUCCCCUCGUCUCCGGCAAAAGCACCCCACCGUAAAGAAAAAACACCCCUCCAAUCGUCACGCUUUUGUACAACGAUAUGAACGUGAUCCCUAUCGUCCCGCUCAUCACCCGGUUGAGUGCAACCCCCGUGCUAACCCCCUGCGCCCUCAACUUCAGCGGAAAAAUCUCCGAGCAGUAGACCCACACGACGGGCCCCAUCCCGCACGAGAAGAACGCCACCGCCACGGCCCAACCCGCCUGGCCCGGCCCAUUAUCGAUCACGGUCAACCCCGUCGCCAGAGCCAUCAACGACACGAACAUCCCUCCCAUGCUUGUGAGGAGGAGCGGCCGCCGCCCGAACCUGUCGACGAGGAACGUGGCGACCAGUAUGAAGACCGUCUUCGUGAAGCCGACGCUGACGGUGGCGAGCAAUUUGUCCUUUUCGCCCUUGAUCCCGGCCUUCUCGAAUAUGGUCGGGCUGUAGAGGACUACGGAGUCGAUGCCGCUGACUUGUUGGAAGACGUUGAUGCCGAACGCGCACAUGGCGAUGUGGAGGACGACGGGGGUCGGGCAGAGGAGGUCGCGCCACACACCCUCGCCGUGGUGGGCGCGCGAGGCGGGGACGAUGACGUUGUCGUCGUCGUUGCAGUUCUCGGGUAUGCCGGCCGCUUGUUUGAUGUCGUGGAGACGGAGGAAAGAUUCUUCGGGGGAGUCGGAGGUCUUGUCGAGGACGCGCUUCGCCUCGGAGAUGCGGCCCUGCAUGACGAGCCAACGGGGGGACUCAGGCAUGACGAGCGCGCCGACGACGAUGCCGAUGGCCGGGAUGAUCCCGACGCCGAACAUGAACCGCCACCCGAG